UACUUUUGUAUCAAGAGUACUUUUAAUUUUUUUUUUGGGCUGGAAAACUAGUAACGCGAUUAUGCCGACCGUUUUUUCCAGUUGGCGUAUUACUCUGAAAAUCUAAACCGGAAGUCGCGCGUGCUGCUCCGCCGCGACACGGGGCAGAAGGCUCUCCCGGAAAGCUUGCAGCCGCAUCGGCUCUGAUCAUUUUCUUCAUCGGGGGGUUCUGUCCAACAUGGCGGCUUACGGAUGGAAAUACUGAUGACAGUCCGAAAGAUCGCCUCGAUUUGUACGAUGGGCGCCAAUGCCUCCGCCUUGGAAAAGGAGAUCGGACCGGAACAGUUUCCCGUGAACGAGCACUACUUCGGAUUGGUCAACUUCGGCAACACCUGCUACUGCAACUCGGUGCUGCAGGCGCUGUACUUCUGCCGGCCGUUCAGGGAGAAGGUGUUGGCCUACAAGGUGCAGCCGCGUCGUAAGGAGUCCCUCCUCACCUGUCUCUCCGACCUGUUCAACAGCAUCGCCACGCAGAAGAAGAAAGUCGGCGUCAUCCCGCCCAAGAAGUUCAUCUCGCGGCUCAGAAAAGAAAACGAGCUGUUUGACAACUACAUGCAGCAGGACGCCCACGAAUUCCUCAACUACCUCCUCAACACCAUCGCUGACCUCCUCCAGGAGGCGAAGAGCCAGGAGCGACAGCAGAACGGAAAGCUGGUGCAGAAUGGAGGAGGAGGGACGGGAGGAGGAGGAAGUGAGGGAGGAGGAGAGGGAGAAGGAGGAAAGGAGACGCAACAGACUUGGGUCCACGAGAUCUUCCAAGGAACUCUGACCAACGAGACGCGCUGCCUCAACUGUGAAGCUGUGAGCAGUAAAGACGAGGACUUCCUGGACCUCUCGGUGGACGUGGAGCAGAACACCUCCAUCACGCACUGCCUCAGGGGCUUCAGCAACACAGAGACGCUGUGCAGUGAAUAUAAAUACUACUGUGAGCAGUGUCGCAGCAAACAGGAAGCCCAGAAGAGGAUGCGCGUGAAGAAGCUGCCGAUGAUCCUCGCCCUCCACCUGAAGCGCUUCAAGUACAUGGACCAGCUGCACCGCUACACCAAGCUGUCCUACCGCGUCGUCUUCCCCCUGGAGCUCCGCCUCUUCAACACGUCGGGCGACGCCACCAACCCCGACCGGAUGUACGACCUGGUGGCCGUCGUGGUGCACUGCGGCAGCGGACCCAACCGAGGUCAUUACAUCACCAUCGUGAAGAGCCACGGCUUCUGGCUGCUGUUUGACGACGACAUCGUGGAGAAGAUCGACGCCCAGGCGAUCGAGGAGUUCUACGGCCUGACGUCGGACAUCUCCAAGAACUCUGAGUCGGGCUACAUCCUGUUCUACCAGUCCAGAGACUGAAGCCGGCGGCCAAUCCCCGACGAGACUGAGGGGGGGAAGGGGCGUGGCCUAAGGGACGCCACCAGGCUCCGCCCCCACCACGCAUCACCUAAGUGCCCCGGGCUUUUAUUUCCUGCUGGUGGAGCACCCCCCCCCCUGGAUCGGUUGCCAGCCUCCUGGAUGACGGGGGAGGGGUGGACUGGGGGGGGGGGGGGGGUGACAUCGCCGUGAGCACAGCGGCCAUUUUUCUUUUCUUUUUUUGGGAGGUGAAGGACGACGCAGAGCAACCCGCGUGUACGAUGCACCGUGCUACAUUAGCUUCAUGCUAGCACACGGCUAACGAGGGUCCCCCCCCCCACCCCCACCUUUUCAUAACGAAACCACGACGCUGACUCCUGAAUAACUUUAAACCGUUUGCAGUGUUUGAAUCAUUACGUGGUGCUAAAAGAAAUAAUUAAAGAGACGGAGGUUAUUUUUUUAGAUUUUUAUUUUUUACUAAGAAUUUAUCCUCAAUUAGUGCGUUUUUUCUUCUUCUUUUUUAAAGACUUGUGAAAAGAAAGUAUAUAUUCUUUUUUUUAAUCCGGCUUUUCGUGGUUGCCACAGCGACGCUGUUGGCUAUUCGACAACGUUUCAUAUUUCCUGUGAGUCGGUUCAGACAUCUGGCUCACACACACACACACACACACACACACAGCUGUUCCUCCUGGGCGGGGCGGUUACGCAACACCUCUGACUCGACGUGGACGUUCGUGACAUUUCAAAAGACGAUUUUUUUUCAUCACGAAAUCGAAGACGCACAAACGAAUCUUGUUUUUAUUUCAGGUUUAGACGUAUUCUUUUAUUCUUUCAUUAUUUUAUUUAAAGUAUGAUUUCAAUGCUCCGAGCUCGCGGGUCUCCUCCCGUCCGGGCCGCCCCGCUCCGAGGAUGGAGCGCUCCCCGUCGCCUGCCGAGCAGCCGGCGGAGCGAAUGGAAACGCGCCGCAAGUAUUACCUUAAUGUUCAGAAACUGAGUCACAGAACCCGACUUCAGAUUAUCUCUGAAGUUACUGCCGAGAAAACCACCAACAGCGCAAAGACGGAGGUUCAUUUCCUCUUGGACUCUUUUUUUCAGGCAAUCAGUUUAUAUCCAAAACUCAAAUUUUUUAAAUAUAUUUUUUAAUGUAUUUAGAAAAUAAAUUCAGCUUUAUUCACAUCAAAUGGAGCUUUUUUCACUCGAAAGCUCCAAGAAAAACCAAAAGAAUCAACUUAGAAAUGAUCUGCGGCGGCCAAUCGCGUGACCGGCUGCGGACACGCCCCCGAGUCGUGACCGGCUGUGGACACGCCCCCAAGUCGUGAUCUGCGGCAGACACGCCCACAACCGCCGCCGGUCGCUUCCGAAAAUGUCUGAUUUUAGUAGAGCGUCCUCGAACGUCUCGCUUGGCUUCUCGGUUCAGGAAAGGGGAGCGGCUUCAGACGAUGCGUUCAAAGUCAACACUGUCUGUUUUUUCCGCUGCUCUCGGACUCAUCGACACAAACCCAAGAUGAUUUUCCGUUGCCGCGUUUAUUUCACCGACAGAAUCUGAGUUACCAAAUGAUGUGUUCAUGUUUUUAUUUUAUUUUUUUAAGGAAAAUGUUCCGCUUUCCCACGGCGUGAAUGAACAUCAAAUAAGCACAAGCGCUCGUUCUCCGUGGGGCGAAAGUCCUACGAUUAAUUCUGUCUUCCGAUGAAAUUCAGUUUCGUGGAAAUCACCGGAGCCCCGAAAAAAAGUGUCAACGUGUCGCUGGAAUUUAUUUUUUGGGGGCUUUUUAAUUUAAAUACUAUAAAUAUUAUUAAUGUUUGUUCUUGUUUUUGAUAUAUUUCACUAAUUUCCUGAGUGUUUGGAGACUUGACGGUUCCGUUUGUGCGAGGAUGAAAUCUUGGCGUGUACAUAAAUACAGAUAUUAUUAUUAUUGGAAUAUAAAUAAUCGCUCGCUUGAAAUAAAAUCGGUCGGAGGAAGUUCUGCCUCCCAAAUACUUCCUCUUGUGUCGAUGAAUUGAUGCGCUCAACAAGCCCCGCCCGCCUGGCGGGCUGGGUCACAUAAAUCAAACGGCCCCAAAGUAAAUGAGCUCAUGUGUUCAUGUGUAACGCUAUGAAUAAAUAAAUAAACGGA